UCGUUUGUUGGUUCUUGACUUGGCUUGCGUUGCGCGAGCGUUACGUGAUUUAGGGCCGCAAGCGAUGGUGGCCUGCGAGGAAUAGUGAGGCUAUACUUUCCCAUGGAAAGCCUCGGCUGCAAAGCAGCAAUUUCUCACCUCGGCUGUGCGGCCGCACCGAGAAUCGCAAGAUCGCUAUUACCAGGUUUGCGAAUCCCUGUAAGUCCCUUGAAGCAUGGUAGAUCCCUCUUGAUCAGAGCUUCAUCACCUGGAAACCUCCCUGUAAGCAAUGGUAACGGUCAGAGAAAGAAAAAUGACGCUCUCCAAGAGACAAUCUUUCAGCUAGAGGGGCUGUUGAAAGAACCUGGUGAGGUGUUGAAUGACAUCGGCGAACAGCUCUCAGCCAAGGACUUGCAGCUCGUUCUCUCUUACUUUGCGGAAGAAGGUAGAGAUUCUUGGUUUGCGCUGGAAGUCUUCGAGUGGAUGCAAAAAACCAACCGAGUGGAAAAUGACACACACCAAUUGAUGAUGUCGAUCAUGGUGAAUUGGGCGAUGAAGCUGGUGGAACAAGAGAAACCUGUGGAACAAGUGAAAGCGCUGUUAGAAGACAUGUACUGCGUGGGCCUAACUCCAGAAUCGCGCAUUAUGCACUCUAUAGUAGCUGCCUACUGGGAAAAAGGAAAGGCGUCCGAGGCACUUACUUUUGUAAAGGAGGUGAUGAGCUCCAAGUGGUACCAAGACCGAGCUGACGAUCCUCUACAAUAUCUCAUCGUAAAGAUGGUCUCCAGCAAGCAAUCCAAGCAGGCGAUUCGACUAGUGACCGAGGUCCGAAAUGGUGGUCUACUGUUGAAAGGCACAACGUACAGCGCUGCGAUGCUGGCUGCAGUUCACGAACAAGAGCAGCUGAGCUUUGCUGUUCACCAGCUGCGAAAGUAUCAGAAGAAAGGCGUCAUUAGCAUCGAAGGCAGCGACAAGUCCAUAAGAACUUACGAGGCAUCGUUGCAUCGUCAAGCCGAGCAGUUUACUCAAUGGGCAGCCGAGGACGAGCAGCCGCAGGAACUUAUGCCGACGAUCUACGAAAGACUGCUAGCAAUGUACUGUCUGGCAGGCAAAGGUCUCGAUGCGGAGCGUAGCUUGUGGAAGCUGAAGCUGGCAGGACGGUCCCCAGCUCCGUCCAUGUUCAACACGAUACUCGGCAUAUGUGCUUUCAAUAACCGAGCCGAAGACGCUUAUCGGAUCUUUGGAAAGAUGGAAGCGUCGGGAAGAGAAGCGACCAAGUUAACCUUCUCCGUGCUGAUUGGAGGCUUCAUCAAAGGUGGUAAUCCCGCUGAGGCAGCUUCGGCCAUGUCUAAGAUGUUGGAGCGAGGACUUCGGCCGGAGGUGCCAGAGAUGCUUGUCGUGCUGAGGUCUUUGCGGAGCGCUGACAUGGUGCCGUUGUAUAUGAAGCUUGCCAAAACUCUCUCCGACGAAGGACUGAUGGAGCCUCGCAUCAUGUACUUUUACAUCGACUCGAUCAAGCUCUGUAUCAUCCGCCUGUUGUGAAUCCUUGUGAAAAUAAAUAAACUCCCUUGACUCCA